CAGACAGAAGAAGGCUGGGCAGGCUGGGCGAGGAGAGGAGAUAGAUCCACCUCAGUGUCCGGGCAGCAAUAGCCCACGAAUCCGGAGCUUGCUUUAACCCCUGAGCCCACAGCAUCGGAGCGUCUGGGCUGGGAGUCGCAGGCAGGGAGGACUGUCUUCCCCCAGGUCGGCUGGCUGAGCUGCUGCUGUGCAGACGGGCAUGCCAGCCCCAGACUCCUCCGCCUGCCCAGCUGCUCUGUGUCCUUAGCUCAGUGAGGUCGGACGACCUGGAAGGUGUGCACCUGCUCCGUAUGCCUGUCUCCGUCUCAGCAUGUCCUCCCGGGGGACUUGGACUGGGAGGGGUCGCCCUGCUCGCUUUACUCUGCCGGGAGCACUCUGAUGGGCUGGAUGCUGGGGAGCUACCGGCCCCAUAGAGCACCUGGGCACCCUUCCCACCACCUGGGGAGAGCCCGCCCCCUUCCCUCGUGCUAGAGCCGGGAGGGAGGGGGGACCAGCAGCAUCUGGAGCUCGGCCAGGGACCGAAGGACUUACUGCUCAGAGGAUGGUAGGAGCAGGGUGGCUGGGAGGUCCUCCGAGGCUGCCGAACGGGGACAGAGCUGCCAAAACGAUGUUGAAGUUUCGGGCCGAUCGCCGGGUCAGCCACAAUGAAAGACGAAACACAUUUCUACACCCAGUGACUGGCCAGGUCCCGGAAGAAAACAAAAAAUUUGACUUGAAAACAUCGGCCUUGGACAUGUCCAAUAAAGCAGGUGGGAAACGCCCGGCUACCACCAACAGUGACAUUUCCAACCACAACAUGGUGUCGGAGGUCCCUCCAGAGCGGCCCAGCGUCCGGGCCACCCGGACAUCCCGCAAGGCCAUCGCCUUUGGCAAGCGCUCCCACUCCAUGAAGCGGAACCUCAACACACCUGUCACCAAGGCGGGCUGGCUCUUCAAACAGGCCAGCUCUGGGGUCAAGCAGUGGAACAAGCGCUGGUUCGUCCUGGUGGAUCGCUGCCUCUUCUACUAUAAAGAUGAGAAGGAGGAGAGCAUCCUGGGCAGCAUCCCCCUCCUGAGUUUCCGGGUGGCCGCCGUGCAGCCCUCGGACAACAUCAGCCGAAAACACACCUUUAAGGUGACCGUGUGCUGGGUGGACGAGGCCGGGGCCAGUUCCACGCACUCCCUCUCCCCACAGGCUGAGCACGCCGGGGUCCGCACCUACUUCUUCAGCGCCGAGAGCCCCGAGGAGCAGGAGGCCUGGAUCCAGGCCAUGGGGGAGGCUGCCCGGGUACAGAUCCCCCCAGCCCAGAAGUCUGUGCCCCAAACUGUGCGUCUCAACCACGAGAAGCCAGACUCGGAGAACACCCCACCCAGCCAACACCACCACCAGCCGCCUCACAACAGCUUCCCCAACCCGGAGCCGGAGGCCAAGACUCGAGGGGAGGGCGAUGGCCGAGGCUGCGAGAAGGCGGAGAGGAGGCCUGAGAGGCCCGACAUCCAGAGCGAGCCUCUGGUGAAAGCCAAUGGCAUCCAAGCUGGGCCGGAACCAGCCUCAGAGCCAGGCAGCCCUUACCCGGGGGGCCCGAGGGUCCCCGGGGGCGGGGAGCGGCCCCCCCAGCCCAACGGCUGGCAGUACGGCUCCCCAAGCCGGCCAGGGAGCACAGCUUUCCCGCCCCAGGACUCAGAGAGUGGGGGACGCCGGCCGAGCUUCCCCCCACAUGCCAACCCCGACAAGAUUGCCCAGCGCAAGAGCUCCAUGAGCCAGCUCCAGCAGUGGGUGAACCUGCGUCGGGGGGUGCCUCCCCCCGAAGACCUUCGGAGUCCCUCAAGGUUCUACCCCGUGUCCCGCAGGGGCCCUGAGUAUUGUGGCCCCUACUCCUCCCCGUUCCCCGACGAUUACCAGUACUACCCGCCGGGCGUGCGGCCGGACAGCAUCUGCUCCAUGCCCGCCUACGACCGCAUCAGCCCGCCCUGGGCCCUGGAGGACAAGCGCCACUCCUUCCGCAACGGGUGCGGGUGGAAGGAGCCCGCCAGCUACGGGCGGCAGGAUGGCACCAUCUGGAUCCCCAGCCCCUCCCGGCAGCCCGUCUAUUACGAUGAGCUGGACGCCGCCUCUGGCUCCCUGCGCCGCCUGUCCUUGCAGCCCCGGUCCCACUCUGUGCCCCGCUCGCCCAGCCAAGGCUCCUACAGCCGCACCCGCAUCUACUCCCCCGUCCGCUCGCCCAGCGCCCGUUUUGAGCGGCUGCCGCCCCGCAGCGAGGACAUCUAUGUGGACCCCACCGCCUAUGUGAUGAGACGCUCCAUCAGCUCGCCCAAGUAUGAUUACCUGGGAGACAGGCGGCCAGUCCCUGCAGGACUGUACCCCUACAACUACCCACCACCCCCCACGGUUCACGAUAAGAUGGAUGAACUUUUAGACCUUCAGUUGCAAAGAAACCUAGAGUAUUUGGAUCAGCAGAUGAGUGAGAGUGAGACUCUGAUCAGUAUGGUGAACCGCAUGGUGGAGAGCUCCUCCCCCAGGGCCCAGCUCUUCAUGCAAGUCCCUCCGUACCCAGAAGUGUUCCGGGACAGCGCCCACACCUACAAGUUAAACGAGCAGGACACAGACAAGUUGCUGGGCAAAUUGUGUGAGCAGAACAAGGUGGUGAGGGAGCAGGACCGGCUGGUGCAGCAGCUCCGAGCUGAGAAGGAGAGCCUGGAAAGUGCCUUGAUGGGGACCCACCAGGAGCUGGAGAUGUUCGGGAGCCAGCCCGCCUACCCAGAGAAGCUGCUGCACAAGAAAGAGUCCCUGCAGAACCAGCUCAUCAACAUCCGGGUGGAGCUGUCUCAGGCAACCACGGCCCUGACCAACAGCACCACGGAGUACGAGAGCCUCGAGUCGGAGGUCUCUGCCCUGCACGACGACCUCUGGGAACAGCUCAACUUGGACAUCCAGAACGAGGUGCUCAACCGGCAAAUCCAGAAGGAGAUCUGGAGGAUCCAGGACGUGAUGGAGGGGCUCAGGAAGAAUAACCCGUCCCGGGGCACGGACACGGCCAAGCACAGAGGAGGCCUUGGCCCCUCGACCACCUACAGCUCCAACAGCCCUGCCAGCCCUCUCAGCUCUGCCAGCCUCACCAGCCCCCUGAGCCCCUUUUCCCUGGUGUCUGGCUCUCAGGGCUCCCCCACCAAGUCCGGGUCCAAUGAGGAGCCCGGCCCACCGCGGCCCCCCCUCCCCAAAGCCUACGUGCCCCUGGAGUCUCCUCCCACCGUGCCUCCACUCCCUAGCGAGAGCCACUUCUGGCCAUACCCCAACUCCCCUUCCUGGCACUGCAGUGGCGAGACCGCCAGGGGCCAGCCCAAGGCAAGCUAUGACCCAAGCAAGAGAGAGUCCCACCAGACUUCACCCCCGGACACGUCUAGGGACAUCAGCCUCGUGCCUACCCGGCAAGAGGUGGAGGCAGACAAGCAGACAGCUCUCAACAAAGUUGGCAUUGUGCCCCCGCGGACAAAGUCGCCUGCUGAGGAAGAGGUGACCCCCUCUGGGGUGGUGAGGAGGAAUGCUAACGGGCUCCCCAAUGGCCUCUCUGCCCGGGAGCGCCCCAAGAGCGCGGUGUUCCCGGGCGAGGGCAAGGUGAAGAUGAGCGUGGAGGAGCAGAUCGACCGCAUGCGGCGCCACCAGAGCGGCUCCAUGAAGGAGAAGCGGAGGAGCCUGCAGCUUCCUGCAAGCCCUGCCCCCGACCCCAGCCCCCGGCCAGCCUACAAAGUGGUGCGUCGUCACCGCAGCAUCCAUGAGGUGGACAUCUCCAACCUGGAGGCCGCCCUGCGGGCAGAGGAGCCUGGCGGGCAGGCCUACGAGACGCCGAGGGAGGAGAUCGCCCGGCUUCGCAAGAUGGAGCUGGAGCCCCAGCACUACGACGUGGACAUCAACAAGGAGCUCUCCACCCCCGACAAAGUCCUCAUCCCUGAGCGGUACAUCGACCUGGAGCCGGACACACCCCUGAGCCCCGAGGAGCUGAAGGAGAAGCAGAAGAAGGUGGAAAGGAUCAAGACGCUCAUUGCCAAGUCCAGUAUGCAGAACGUGGUGCCCGCCGGCGAGGGGGACCUUGUGGACGUGCCCCAGGACUCAGAGAGCCAGCUGCAGGAGCAGGAGAAGCGGAUUGAAAUCUCCUGCGCCCUGGCGACCGAGGCCUCCCGCAGGGGCCGCAUGCUGUCUGUGCAAUGCGCCACCCCAAGCCCUCCCACCUCCCCUGCCUCCCCGACUUCACCAGCCAACCCCCUCUCGUCUGAAUCCCCACGGGGCACCGACAGCAGCCAUGCCAUGCGGGUCUGAGUUUGGACUGCAAGCCCUGGCGGAGGCCACCGCCGCGAAGCUCCACAGAGCCACCUUCUGAAGCCCUCCGCGAACCCCGGCCCCUCCCGGCCCAGCCCCCCUGCUCUCCUGGGAAAACUGCGAAGAGCCAGCCUGCGGGCCAGGGCUGCUGCCGGCGGAGGACGGAGCACGGAUGCUUCGGCCCCAAAGCCCUCGCUGCUCCGACAGGUCCCUCCGGUCCUGAGCCUGGGCCUGAGAUGGAGCAGAAAGCAUCCCAUCCGAUGCCCACGUCACAGGGCGCCCAGGCCUGAUGGCUGGGGUGUGAUGGUCCUACUGCAACAUUCCCUGAUGGAGAGGACACCCUGGUGGGGAAGAUGCUCUGGACCAUCUUAGGUUAGGACGAGAGGUGAGGAGCAGAGGGGCACUGCCUCUUCCCACCCUCCUUGACGCCAAGGACAGCACCUGCCAUCAUCCCCUCCCCGUCAGCCACCCCCCCAUGGCCCCCGCUGUGCCCGGGGCUGUGGUCCCUGCUAUGGGUGCCCUUUGCGGUCCCAUGGAGACGAACCACCCUGUCCAAGCCAAAGACAAGAUGACAAGAGAUGGGGCGAGGCACCUUGGCUCCCUGGGGGACGGGGCAGGCUGGGACAGAGAGCAGGUCUGGGCAGUGUCUGGGGAGGUCGGGAAGCGGGAGGAGCAGGAAGGGAGGUCCUAGGAAAGGAAGGGAAAGAAGCGGCAGGGCUGAAUGAGGACAGAGAUGGAGAGAGGAUGGGAAUGGUUUCCCGGGUGAGCCUUAGCGUGGUGCCAAGUCCCGUGCCACACUGUCGGCUUGGCCCUCCCCACCUUGUCCCCAGGCCGAUGCCGAGGCCCCAGGAGGCCCCUACAGUGAGCACAUGGUGGCCUUCAGCUGAAGUGCUUGGCAUGGGUGGGGAGGGUGGAUGAGGGGGCUGGGUAGGACAGUCCAGGACACACAGGGCCCUGUGUAGGCCCGGGCCUGGUGUCCGUCUCCGGUACUGGGCUGGGGGCAGGAAGAGAGAAGGAUCUGUCUUGUACAGGGUGUGGUCAGCCUUGAGGCCUCUCCUCACCAUUUUGGCGGCAGUUUCUGGCGUGUGCUGUGGGCCAGUGGCCAGUGUGCCCGGGGAGAGGGAAUGAGCCUCCAGCUGGGAGGCCAGAUGCCAGGGCCCACCGCACACCCCGGUCCCCCAGACGAGGACCCGUGGCAGCUGUACCAAGGACUCCCUCUGGCUGACUCUUGCGGGAUCCACCUGACAGGGAGGCCAGUGCGGGAGGGACAGAAGCAAACUCAUUCCUCCUCUUCUCCGCCCUCCAUGAGAUGCAUGUAGCCAGAAGGAGGGAGGAGAGAGAGUGCGGCUGGACAGUCUGGCUCCUAGGCCUCCUCUUUGCAAGAGUUGCUGCCUGAGACUCCAGCCUGACCUUCAGCCGCCCUAAGAACAACCCCUUUAUCUCCCCCCAGUUCUUCACUCCUUCACGGCGGGGGCAGUUACUGGUUCAUAUGCAAGUAAAGGUGACAACUCAUUCAACAAA